AUGCAGGAUCCAAACAUGGACCCCGCCUAUUUUGUGGUGAGCUUGGGGCAAAACGAGAUCACUAUGCACGGGCACUGCAAAGACGUGGACGUGGAAGACGGCUUGGAGCGGGGCAUUGGCCACGGCAGGCGCUACGUAGGGUCCCAGGACCACCUCUUGAACGGCACAGCGCUGCUGGAUGCGCGCACGGCCCAUGGCAACGUCAAGGACUUGGGGAGGCAUUUGGGCAGACAGCGGCGGCAUGGGACAGUCGCGGAUCACAUCCGUGCUGGGGUGGGGGACGAGGAGGACGUGUCCUUUGGAAAGGUGGGCUGGCUGGGAGCAGGCCGGCGACACUUUCAACAGGAGGAGAAUAUCGUCAAUGGGGUGUCGGAGGACCAGGUGACACCAGCCCGGCGUACUCUCGGAGUACGCCGUGACCAUGUGCAAGGCGGAAGCGGGGCUGACACGCCGCCGGCUAGCGAAGUCCUGCACGGCCACGCUCGAGAGGCGGCCUUUCAGGAGGGCUUGGAGCGCUACAUCGGCCACGGCCGGCGUCACCGCCCAGAGUGGACACAGCAGGACCAGAUCUUCCCAACGGAGCCUCCCGCCUUCUCUCCAGGGCCCCGGCGCCCGGUGGGAGGGCCGGACCACAUCGUGCCGGGCUUCGGACAGGCCACUUGCGCGGAGGACACCCGGUCUGAACAGGGGAAGCGACACUUCGGGGCGAAGGGUCACAUCAGCAGCGGCUGCUCAGUGAUGGCUGCGGAUGGAAAGGAGGACUACGUGCAGGGCCUUCCCCGCAGCAUCGGUCAGGGCAAGCAGCGCAUUGGCGAGAAGGAUCACCUGCUUGGAGCGCUCAGCCGGGCGGAGGAUUGCCCGGGUCAACAUGGGCAUCAGAGGGACGACGAUUUCCAGGAUGGCCUCGAGCGGGGCAUCGGCCAUGGGAAGUGCCGCGCCCCGCAACUGGUGGGCACGGUCAGACGGGACGCGGCGCGCGGCGUGGGCAACGAGUACUUCCCCUGGUCAACAUAUGAUGUUGACGCCAAGAAGAAGGAGAAGCCCAGCCCGAACAAGGUGCUGCUGAAAGCGCAACAGGUGUCCCUCAGUGAGCCCGCCUAUGUGAAGAGUGGCCUCGAGCCGAUCCAAGAGGACGUGGAGGACUGCGCGAGCAUCACGCCACCGCCGGGCCUCGAGAAGCCAGAAGACGAUGACUUCUCCGACAGUCUGUGGAGCCGUUCCACGACCGGCGGCAGUGCUUUUGACUCGCCGACCGAGGACGAGGACAGCCCCGUGAGUGCCUACACACUUGCGCAGCUGUCUUCCUUGCAGUACCGAGAACAAGAUCUCGCUGCCUACUACAACAUGAUCGCAGCUGCUCUCUGCCAGGACAUGCCGCAGCAGACUUGGGCGCAGCCGCCCGUUCGCAACUUCUGCCCUUGGUGCGGGUGCAAGCGCUCGACCAACUACACGUUUUGCCCGAACUGCGGCAACAAGCUCGAUGCGUAG